AUGCAGUCAGCCUACACUUGGAUAUUUACAACGGGCAUCAUUGUGUUCUUUGUUGUCAUUAUUGUCUUGCUGUUUUUUACGAGAUCUCCUAUUGAAUUGCCUUUGUCCUUCAAUGGUGAUCUGGAAGACAUCCCAACCGACACUGAGGAGGAUGUGUCGAAUUUAUCAGAGGAUGCCAGACUAAGCUACGAGAGCGCAAAGACCUGGCAAGAGCACCAUCCACCCAACAGCAUCCCAACAGACAUCACACCGCCACAACUGAUCUCCAUCCAAGAGAAGGGUGUCUCGGCCUUUGAGUUUGAGUGGGAAUUGGAGGCAAAUUGCUUUGUGGCUGGUAGAACAGAGAUACAGUUCAUGGAAGGCGAAAAUUGCGUACAAACCAAUCUACCUCUACCAAGAAAUCAAGAAGUCUACUACUGGGAGGCAAAGAUGUACGAUAAACCCGAGUCUACUGUAGUAUCGGUUGGUAUAGCGACAAAACCAUAUCCUAGCUGGAGAUUACCAGGUUGGAAUCGUUACUCUAUCGGUUACUUUUCGAAUAAUGGAAGCAAAUGCUUCAGUUCACCAUUCAACUAUAAGCCCUAUGGAUUGCCUUACAAACAUGGUGAUGUGAUUGGCGUUGGAUAUAGACAUCGUACUGGUUCUGUGUUCUUUACUCGAAAUGGAAGAAAGAUGGAAGAGGCGUAUGCGGGCUUGCGAUGGAAUUUAUUUCCUACGAUUGGUGCAAACGGCCCAUGCCAGAUCCAUGUCAACUUGGGUCAAGCAGGCUUUGUAUUUGUGGAGGCCAAUGUCAAAAAGUGGGGGUUAGCACCUAGCAUGGGCACAUUGGCUCCUCCACCAGCCUAUGGAACAGAAAGAGAUACCGUGUUGUUGGCUAUGGGUACAUCGAGAGAUCAAGAGGAAACGCUGAUUGACAUGAAUGGCACUGCACACACACAUCCACAUCGUCCACCUCCAUAUCAACAUCAUAACACUACCACUAUAACUACACCUAAUAACAAUCAUACCACUACUGAACAAGAAUCAUUACUAGACUGA